CACUACCAGUGCUCCGCUAUUAUAACUUAUGGACCUCCAAUUAUUGCUCGCAUGAACCCAUCACACAAACACAACCCGUGGUCGUUCAACCACCGUACUCGAGCUCGUGAUGCAUUUGAUUCUGAUUCCGACCCUGAAUCCGAGGUCGAAACUAACUCUAAAGUCAAUCUUUCCUCCGACGACACCAGACUUAUUCAAGAGCUCGAUAUCUCCUCACGACACGAGACUGUGGAAUACAAGCCCAACCCGUGGAGUAUUGCACGUAUUAAUGCUGCUAGUCGUCCACCGAAUAAGGAACCCCCCGGCCAGGCGAUCUCAGAGGACAUACGGCGGAAAUCACAACCACAGGCACCACAGGGUCGAAUCGUGGAUGCUUUCAAAAUACAGGCAGAGCGCAAGCCGCCUCGUGCACCUCCUCCUUUGAAGGCACCCAAAGUUACAAAGGCCAAGUCGAAUACACCCCGGGUCUCUCAGAAGGACCAAGUUUGUUCACAAAUCCAGAGCAUGAGUAGCGCUGAACCAGGGGAUUAUUUGCGGCACGAUAAUGCACCUUUUCUCGACAGAGGGUCCCGAACCAGUUCUUCGGACACGCCGGCUAUCUUGUCGUCCAACGCUCCCCAGAUAUAUGAUGCACGUUUUCUGCACUCCGCAGACCGUUUUCAAGUGUUGUCUGCAUUGCCCGUUCCCCAGGUUCCGGCGGUGGGGUCCUGCCGCACAGUACCACCUGCGAUGGUUAAAGGAGAGCCUCCGUCAAUGCCGCAGUGGUUGGCCUCUACCAUUCAUAGUUCCAUCAAACCUCCACUGGCUCAGGCAGAAUUUCUCGAAAGAGUUUCAAGCCCGAUGCAAAAGCAUAACGAUCUUAUGUCUCCCGAGUCCAGGAAGCGUCCCAACCAAUCGCCGACGCCAUCUCCACUGCCACAACGUGCCAAAAAGUCUUCACUGAAACGUAAUAUCGCGGUCUCGUCAGUUUCACGCGGUGAUCGCCAAAUUUCUGCAUACGCGUUCGAUGAUGAUCCUGACGCUAACUGGAGUACGGUCAUGAAACCCGAGAAGAAAAAGAGUAGCAAGUUCAAGGUCGGUAACAUACUGUCAACAGGACCAUUCAGUCUUCGUCUUCCUGGUAUUACCGUCGGAAAUUCAAAGGACUGGAGUACGGGCGUGACACGGACAAAGAAGAAGCUUGACACCCAGACAAAGAAACGUGUUAUUACGUACCUCCCACCACCACUACCACAGCGCACCGCACCGCAAAUUGAAAAUUCGCUCCAGAUCGAAGAACACUACAUCCCCGAUGACAACGUGUCCCCCCCUGGAUCUACGUCAGCUGCUCAGUCACCACAAGGGAGCGGUCGCGUAUCUCCUCUGCCACACGCCGAUUCUGAUGAUUUGACAUUGGUGGGUGGAGUGGACGAGCAAGUGAUACCAUUCGAUGCUGGAGAGGUGAAGACGCGGUAUCCCAAAGUUCGCAAGCUCAUCAAAGAGGUGUGCAUCUAUCUCGACUGCCCUUGCAAAUGCCCUUGA